GAGAGAAGGAGGAGGUGGUGGGGACAGAGACAGGACCAGUUUUCCAAGCUGAACAAGAGAGCGUCCAUAGUUUCAGGUAGAAGUAACAGGUUGCAGAUUAACGUUAAAGAUGCCUGGUACAGCGAGGCAUGACCGAGACAUGGCAAUCCAAGCCAAAAGAAACCUGGCCAAAACCACAGACCCAAUUGAGAGGCUUCGGCUGCAGUGUCUAGCAAGGGGAUCUGCAGGCAUCAAAGGACUUGGCAGAGUAUUUCAAAUUAUGGAUGACAACAAAAGCAGAACCCUUGAUUUCAAAGAAUUCUUGAAAGGGUUAAAUGAUUAUUCCGUGAUGAUGGACAAGGAAGAAGCUCAAGAGCUUUUCAGGAUCUUUGAUAAAGAUGGCAACGGAACAAUAGACUUUGAUGAAUUUCUUGUAACGUUAAGACCUCCAAUGUCUAAUGCCCGAAAAGACAUCAUCAUGCAAGCGUUUAGGAAGUUUGACAAAACCGGUGAUGGUAUUGUAACCAUUGAAGACUUACGGGGGGUGUAUAAUGCAAAGCAUCAUCCCAAAUAUCAGAAUGGAGAAUGGACAGAAGAUCAAGUUUUUAGAGCCUUUCUAGAUAACUUUGAUUCACCGUAUGAGAAAGAUGGGAAGGUUACAACAGAAGAAUUCAUGAACUACUAUGCAGGAGUCAGCGCUUCAAUAGACACUGAUGUCUAUUUCAUUAUCAUGAUGAGAAAUGCUUGGAAAUUCUAACUGUACGAUUAAGGAAACAAGACAUUAUUUCCAGCUUCUUAGCUCCACAUGAUUAAAUGUGCAUAAUAUUGUGGGAAAGGUGACCAUAUUAGUACCUUGUAGUCACUGUGCUGAUUUCAAUAUAUCAGAAGAGAAAAUGCUCACUAUACCACAUUGUUUUGGCAGAACCAUGCUGAGCUGAUGGACAUCAUAGGCUAAGAGGAGAUUUGGUAACCCUGCGAAUAAUCACGCUCCUCCCUUUUCCUCCUGCUCCCCUUCUCUAUGUUGUUUCUUCUCUCAGAUGAGUAACCAGUUUCUCCUCAGACAUGUGUGGUAGGCAUCUUUCAUUCCCAAACAUGUUUCCAAAUUCAUGUCAGAAGCUGCAGCUGUGUUUCAAAGAAGGUACCAUAGCACCAGAGCAGAGGAUUCUGGGAGGUAUAUACUCAGUAUAAAUGUAUAGGCAUUUUUCUAGCAUGUAUACUGUCCUAAAGCUCCAUAGAUUUAUCUUCCUUCUUUUUACUUCUAUUCCUUUAUCAAAGUCACCAGUGGGAUAGAUGCUUUACAAUGUUCUCUUGUAACUGUGCAAUUGGAAUACCUACCAGUGCUCCACCCAGUGUCUAUGCUGGACCUAAACUGAAAGACUAUACAUAUUACUAAGAUACUUCUCCUGGGAAUUUUUUAUGAACUAAAUAACUUUAUAAUCUUAUUUUUUCUUGGCUUUGCUGUUGAAAAAGACUGGACAUUAGUUAACUGGAAGAGAUAAUAGGACUCUCCUGUCAUGUCAGUGUCUGUGAGAGCUGAUGUCUGGUCAACUACCUGUAAGAAGAAGGAUGGUGAGAGAAGGGGCCUGUCUGAAAGCCAUACUUCCUCUAAUUAUCCUUGCUUUGUUUCCUUUUCUCAUUUCUCUUAUGUCAGUUUGUCUUUGUCCCAGAGUAAAUUGUUGUCAUUGUGUAAAUGGUUUACAUGAAGCAGGAUUUACUCAAAUUAAUUUGUGCAAGUGUCAUAUACUUGUGUUUUCAAUCUCUCUAUCCUUAGUAAAAGACUAGAGGUUUUGACAACAAAUCGAGCCAUGUUCAGAGCCAACAAAAAGUGCUAUGGGCCACAUUUUCACAAGCGCUUAACAUCCAGAAGUGGAGCUAGAUUUUCAAGAGCUCAGCUCUUAUUUACAUGCCAAACUAAGUGGCCUGAUUUUCAAAAGUUCAGUGUGUGAUUUUGAAAAUCUGACCUUAAAUGUCACAAUAGCAGUUAGUAGCUACUGAGCACUUUAAAAUCUGGCCCUGAGCUGUUUGGAAACCUGACCUUAUGGGAUACACACUUGCUAUUUUGUUUAAAUACAACCUAUCAUCACAACAGUAGGUAUCUGGAAUUCCUCACCACAGCUGUGCAAUCUCAAUGUUUUCCUUGAUCUGGUAAGAUUCUGCACACUUGCAUAAAUUAAUAACUGUGGAAGUUGGUGCAACUGGAAAGGGAAAUUAUUUUGAUUAGAUAAUGUGUCAUCAAGGAAAUGAGGGCUCUUUACAUAAUGUGAUGCUGUUGUGGACCAACAAAUAAAUUCAUGUGCAUGAAGUAGAAAGGUGCCUUACCUGAAUAAUACAUGUACCAUUUCACAUGCUGGCAGUUAUAUGUAGCCACUUUCUUAUUAAUUUAUUUAUUGGGUCUGUAACAGGUAUAUUGUAUACCUUGCACAUUUUAAAUAAAGAUGUAACAUUAGUGGGCUGUGAGAGUCACAAAGUGAAAAAUGAUCCCACUCUGGCAUAUACUGUAUCUGAAGACUCCCAAAAUCCACAGUGAUAUGUUGUGCUGACAUUUAAUCAAGUGAAGUGAAAAGUUUUGUUUUACUAACCUUAAUUCUUGCCCAGUUUGUCUGUUUAAUACUAACUAUAUAAAAUUCUAACAUUUAUUCAAGGCUAAGUGCAAUAUACCUUUUUCAAAUGCAAAUUUUUCUUUGUAAAUGGAUGAAAAGCUCUGACACUGCAAAACGUAUUGUCCCUGAUCCUACACUAUUAAAGUCAGUGGGAACUUUGCCAUUAACUUCAGUGAGCAAAGGAUCAAGAUCAUUGUGAUUAAUGAAAGAUCACUGCUUUGAGAUUAGAUUUCCCUUCUCUUUCUACACCAACUCUGAGUAAUAGAACUUUGUGCAGGGAAAUGAGUGAGGUGAACAGGGACAGAAUUGGUACAUCCUAUUCUGCAGACAGCAGGACUCUGUGGCCACUAUUGCAAUAGGCUGAAAACCAGGUGAUCUCCCUUUGGAUUCUCUGUAAGUAAGUUCUUGGCCACUAGCGCACAUGGUCUGCCACAUCCUUUUUUCUGGAAGUCAUUAUACAUGAAUAAAGAACCCUGAAAACUU